AUGAAGUUCCUCCAAGGCACUGCCUUUGUCGCCCUGUUCAUUGCCAGAGCCUCGGCAGCAGGAAGUGGCAUUUUUGCCGCCAAUGGCGUCGAGCUUGAAGUUCACAACUUCGGUGGUGAUAUGAUGAUUGGAGAGCCGCAAAGUUUGAUCCAGGCCAGAAGUCUCGAGGUACGAGACACCAAUGCUUGCACCAAAUGUGUGGGUCACCAUGGAAGCUGUGUUAUUGGAGAAGGCAAUUGCUAUCCUCCCGAUGGAUGUUAUUUCUGCGGAGGUUGCUCUGCCGAUCAGGCGCGUUGCCAGAACCCUCAGAAAGAAGGUUGCCAGUGUUAUAAAUGA